AAAAGUUAGGUUGAAUAUUCAGUUAAAGUGAUUUAAAAGUAAAAUUAUUUAUUAGUAUUUUCUUUGAACGUUAGUUGUCGCUUUAUCUGCCACCUACCGGAUGUCGGGGGGUAUUAGACAUUUGCCACGUUGCCGUAGACAACGUACUUAACGCCUCACACAACACCGGGAGGAUGCAGUUGACAUUUCUCCACACACGGCGGUGAACAGGCGGACAACUUCAAGCUGCUGAACUAACACACACACACACACACACACACACACACACACACACCUGUGUGUCAGGUUUCUGGCAGGUGGAGUCCUCGCGCGCACCGCGAGAGUGUUAAAAAUGUUAACUGACGUGAUUUUGGAGGAAGAGUUUGAGAAGAAUGGAGAGCCUUGGUACGACCCGCAGGACCUGGAACACGAUCUCCAUUUGGCAGCGGAGCUGGGGAAAAGCCUCCUCGACAGGAACCAUGAGCUGGAGCAGGCCCUGCAGCAGAUGUACUCCACCAACCAGGAGCAGCUGCAGGAGAUAGAGUACCUGACCAAGCAGGUGGACCUGCUGCGUCAGAUGAACGACCAGCAUGCCAAAGUGUACGAGCAGCUAGACGUGGCCGCCAGGGAUCUGGAGCAAGGCAACCAGAGACUGGUGCAGGACAACCGCCUGGCUCAGCAGAAGAUCCAUAGUCUAACGGAGGCCGUUGAAGGACUUCAGACGUAUGUGGAGGAGCUGCAGACUCAGGUGGAGGAGCUAAAGAUUGCCCAGGCAGAGCGAAACAAAAGAGAUCUGGCAGAGCAGCGACGCAGCCUCGGAGCACAGAGUGUGUCCUGUCUCAAAGAGCUGUAUGACUUACAGCAUGAGAGGCAUCUAGGCCACGACAGUCUGUGUGUGGAUGGAUUCUGGUCACCUCAGGGCUCUUUCCAUGACAGAGACCGAUGCCAAGACCCGGAGGAGGAAAACACAGCUCUCCAGCGCUCCGUCCAGACCCUUCAGAGCCAGAUAGCAGUGGAGCGGAGCCGCAGGGAGGCUGCAGAACGGGAGAGUGAGCUGACAGUCAGGGAGAACAGAGGCCUGGAGCAGCGGCUGGCCCUGCUGGACGGCUGCCGGGCCAGGCAGAGGGAGCUGGAGGCCGAAGUGGAGCAGCUGCGGCUUCUUUGGCGCGCAGACUGCGCCAACAGUGUGAAAAGACCAGACCAGCUGCUGUUGCCCGAUACAGUAUUCUUUGCCUCGGAAGAAAGAUCCAGCCCGGGGCAGGAUGAGAUGGACGAGAAAGUCGAAAAGGAUGAGGAGCAGAGAAGAUACAGCCAGCAGAGGAGAUUCAGCGACAGUUUUUUGAGAGCGACGAACCCAGACGAGAUUCGCCGCGGCCACGAGCAGCUGUGCAUAAGGCGAGCGGAGGCAGUGAAACGGAGGGGCAUCUCUCUGCUCAAUGAGGUGGACGCACAGUACAGCGCACUGCAGGUGAAAUACGAGGAGCUGCUGCGGCGGUGCCAGCAGGCGACAGACGAGCUCAGCCAUAAAGCCGUCCAGACGCCCAGCACUCCCUUCGCUAGCAUCCGGACCCGCCGCCGCCUGUCCAGCUCCGUUACGCUGUCUGAUCUGACGUCCGUUCUGGACGACGGCCAGCAGCCCGAGUACAAGGCUCUCUUCAACGAGAUCUUCACCUGCAUCCAAAAGACCAAAGAGGACCUCAACGAGAACAGACGUCGUGUCAAGCAUAGAGAUUCCCAGGGUUCUGCAAAAUGAUCGUAUCAUUCAUCAUCCUGGGACUCGUCCAUGUUUGACAAAGGAGAAACUUUGAGGUCACUUUGCUAUAAUAACAUCCAGUCCCUGUACGUGUUACACAUGCUGCAGUCCUCUUAUCUCCUGUCAUUGUGACGCACCUAUGCUUUUGUUAGUCGGCACUGCUCCUUUUAUUCCGUCCUUAUCAAAAAAUGAAGUGUUACAUAAAGAAGGAAUGCAUUCCAAAGUUCAACAACAAAUACAAACAAACACUGUAACUAUGGUGAUAACUAUGGUGUUAUUUACCACUUUACGAUGGUAAAGAUUUAUUGUAUGGGUAGAUAUUUGUAUAAAUAUGUAUCAGAUUCAGAUAGUAGAAAGUACUCUAAAUCUACAAGUGUUAUGUUUGCCUCCAGCAGUGUUCGGUAUUUAUAUAAUGUUGACCCUGUGUCCACUUGAUCAUUUGGUGUUUGGGAGAGAAAUGCAGACGUUGGACGUUGUUUGUGUGUCGAUUUGAAGUUGGAAAUGUAGCUGUUAUGGACGACUUAUGUAAACAGAAAUGUUGGAAUGUUGUAAUAGGAUGGAAAACUGUAGCAAUAAGUAACUCAGGAGUUUAUGAUAAUUAGCUUAAUGGCAAGUGUAAGUUGUUUUUUGUAAGUUGGUCAAUAGUUGGUUCGUGCACCGGUCAAGUCACCAGAGAAAUAUCAGUGGACACUGGAAAACUGUUCUUAAUAGUCUGUGCUUUCUGUUUUCAUGUCUGCACAGCUGUGUCUCUAUGCCAGUAGGACACAACAGUUCCACACUUUUUAUGACUGAAUCACAUUUUCUGUUUUAUUUAUUCUUUUUGUUUAGUUUCUUUUUUUUUUUUAGGUUUGUAAGUUUGUAAGAAAAUUAAAUUAUAUUUAUUUUCUUUGUUGCUAAAUAUGCAGUGCAGAUUGGUCAGCUGAGAGUGACCAGAAGUUAAAUUAAAUGUACACUGAGGUGCUUAUUUUGUGCAUGUGAAAAUUCUGUCCAACACAGGAGGUAACUGGGGAAAAAAUACAGAGGUGAAUGGAAAGCACAAAAGAAAUGUUCCUUCAUUUCUAAACAAUUUCCUGUGCCUGAAAUUGUCUUCCUGCUCUUAAUAUAGAACAUAAAGACUUCAAUAAUUUGUAUCCUCAUAAUAUAACCCUUUUAAUCAAAAUCUGAACAGUUUGGAAGAUAUUGUGGGAACUCUCAAUCAUACAGGAAGAAAUAAAACAAUGUUCAGGUUCUCAGCUGUUAUUGGCUGAACUUUACUAACCUGACAAAGUUCAAAAA